AAGUGUUGACUGACUCGUCGCAGCUUCACCAACAAGAGCUUCAGGCCGGAGGAUGUAACAAAGCUCGGGACACAAUGUUGAUACAGUACCUGUUCGUUCUCAUUCUGCCGGUUGCUGCAGGAAAACUGGAACUGACUGCCCCGAAGAAUGUGGCGGGCUAUAUAGGAUUCAACCGUUCGUUUUCCUGUAACAUUUUAGACGAUGGCCAACAGAUGCUGGACCUACGUGAUGUCAUUGAGCCUUACACCGUUGACUGGUUCUUCACACCUCUGGGCCAGGACAUCUCACAGUCUAUAAAAAUCCUUAAUUUGACAAGUGACGGAUCAUCAUAUCCCCGACUGUCAUGGACGUCUGAUGCUUAUAAAUAUGGGACAAGCUCGGGGAUAGAGUUGAUCGUGUUCCACCUACAAGUUGGAGACAGUGUCCACAUCAGUGAUGCAGGCACCUACUCCUGUGUCAUGGAGGGCUCGGGCUCCAUGGGUGCUGCUGAACUGUUCGUCAUUGAUUCCUUGGGAUGUAUGAACCUGAAGAACCCACUGAACUUCGUGAAUCAGGAACAGGCUCAGUUUGAAUGUCAUGUUAAAUACCGGGGCAGUGAACCUCCCACAUUGUCAUGGCGACAUGGCAAUAAACAUCUUAACCAGACGACAGUGGAACACAAUUCAACAUAUGUGGUAUCAACAAUGUCUUUCCUGGCGACAUACGAGGACGACGGCCAUGUUUACUACUGUCACAUCGAAUAUCCUCAAAUCUUCUCAUCAUACUGUUCUACAUCGCCUCCACUCAAGGUUUACUCUCCUGUACACCUUAUGUCUGUUGAGGUGACGCCAGUCAUGGACAAAAAUAAUUACAAGUCGGGAACGGACAUCCGACUAAUGUGUCGAGCUAAAGGUGACCCCUCACCUCAGUACCACUGGAUGUUCACACCGAAGAAUUUGAGUCGACCUGCCCUGGAUGUGUCACACAUCAAUAGAUACACAAUCCGUAAUGCCCAGCCAUCCAACGCAGGCACCUACGCAUGUACGGUCACAAACGUCAUCAAUGGUACCAAGUUCCAGAAGACGAAGCUCGUUAUGAUUAACGUCUUCAUCGUUGAGACUUCCCCAUCCAUUGGCUACCGAUACUUCAUCGCACACCAGGGCAGCGACUCACGGUCGUCUUAUGACCAACGGAACUCCAAGAAGGAAAAUGGAAGUAAAGUCAUCAAACCAGAGAUUACACCAUACGCUGCUGGUGCCAUGGCUACAGCUGGACUUGCCGUGAUUCUCAUCAUUGUCUUCAUAUUCCUGGCCAUGAAGUUUAAGGUGCGGGAUAAGAAGUUGAAGGAACGAUUCUCGCGAAUGCAUGAUGAACUGAUGGAUGAUCAGGAGGUGGAACUUCUCGAUGAGAAUAUUCAGCCAAGAGGCUCAGACGAGCCAACCCAGUACAGUCAGCUGAGACAGUGUUGGGAGAUACCGAGGAAAGACAUUCGUCAGACGGAGCUCUUGGCCCGUGGUGUCUUCGUCGAAGUAUGGAAAGGACGCAUCAGAAAAUUUCCAGACAGAGACGAGGUUAUCAGGGUGGCCGUCAAGAAACUUCUGCCUGAGGCAACAGAGAAGGGACGCAAGUUUUUCCUCGCUGAGAUGGAGGUUGCCAAGGUUUUACAGACGAACAUCAAUGUUAUACAGCUGAUUGGUUGUUAUACUCUCCAUGAGCCGUGGCUUUUAAUGUUGGAGUAUGCAUCCGAGGGAACUCUCUACAGUUUCCUACAGAGGUGUCGACCUGGCGCCCAGAGGGUAGAGAUCACAACGUCCUCCUCCAAGUCGUCAGCACGACUCAAAAACCACAAAGUCGAUGCCCAUAAAAUGUUAGCCAUGUCGGCCCAGAUUGUUAAUGGACUACAGCAUAUCACUAAGUUCAAGUUGGUGUGCUAUAGACUACGCUCAGCCAGUGUUUUGGUGGCGAAGGGUGCUGUCUGUAAACUGUCAGGGUUUGGUUUUCCUCAGGACGUCACAGAGCGGAACCAGUAUGAGGCAGAUUCCUUACCGAUCCGCUGGAUGUCCCCGGAGUCACUAUCACAUAAUAUGUACAGUACCCAGUCAGAUACCUGGUCGCUAGGUGUAGUUAUGUGGGAAAUACUACACUUCGGAGCCACACCUUACCCAGCAUUCGGCCAAGAUGAGCUGGCGGACAAAGUGAUAGACGGAUAUCGCCUUCCUCCUCCACCCCACUGUAGUGACCAGCUGUAUGCAGUGAUGAGUGGUUGCUGGAACACGCUGCCAGAGAAUCGUCCAGACUACGCAACUAUUAUGGCCGACCUUACAAACCUGGCCCUGGAGGACUCUGCCCAUAUCUGUCUGGACAAACUCCCUAGUUUUGCCAAGGCUCCAGAACAGUACAGUGGAGAGGACUCGGACAGUCUCUAAAUACAGCAAACUUGACCACCCUGAACAUUCCUUUACAUAUACUCCUAAAGCUGUAUAAUGGUGUCAGUACAGUGGAGAGGACUCGGACAGUCUCUAAAUCCUACAAACUUGACCACCCUGAACAUUCCUUUACAUACUGCUAUAGCUGUAUAACGGUGUCAGUCGCCAGUGUUAGCUUCGAAUGUAGAGACAUCGUCUAGAUGUCUUGUAGUCAGGUGUUGGGUUACCGAGCAUGAACAAUAACGAUGAGUUUACCUUGUUGUUGAGAUAUGAGUUUGGUAACUAAGUUUAUCUGUAGGAAACCGUUAUCAGUUGGUGAAACCAUCCAGCAAAACAGCAAGGUGUAAUGGCUCAUAGGUAAGGGAUCCGUAGGUCAUGUGGGAACAGAUUAAAGUUCCUUAUUUGUCCUUUCUAUCCCAAUGGACCCAAGAUAACAAUUCUAUUUUAUACAUCUCCACUUCAAUACAAAACAUUGUGUAUAAGGCUAGGUCAGUGUCAUUGUUUUGUCAACUCACACAUUGUUAGACCAUUGUAUGGAGAAAAUAUUUUGUCAACUCACACAUUGUUAGACCAUUGUAUGGAGAAAAUAUUUAGGUGAUGUAAUCUAGGCAUAUUAUUUCACUGAUGAUAAAAUUAGAUAUAUGCUGCAAAUUUCAGGGAAUAAUUCAUAUUAAGGUACUUAUACCUGGGAAUUUUACAAUGUUAAUUAAGUGGCAUUUUCAUGUUCAUGAUCAACUGUAAUAUGGUUCAUGAACAAAAUGUUCAAACUUUGACACAUGUAAAUAAAAAAGUAUACUUUUUAAAAUGUCACACAUUCGUUCUUAUAUAAAAAUUCAUAUCCUCUCAAUUAUCCAAGCACCAUUCUAAAAUGUCAAACAUUCGUUCUGAUGUAAAAAUUCAUAUCCUCUCAAUUAUCCGGGCACCACUCACACAUUUUUUCACUUUGAUAGAUUCAAUAAUGACGAUGUUGUGUUACAUUUCACACCUUCAGUAUACAUUCCGUAUAUAUAUUUAUACUGGACUGUUGGUUACCAUGGUAUUUCUAUUGUCACGGUUGUCUCUCAUCACAGUAAACCUCAUGUUGGCUGUAGAUAAAGUUCACUUUUUCAAUACAUUUUGCCAAGUUUCAAUAUACACCUCACAUCUUGCUGGAAUUGCUGGUAUUGUUUGUUUCAAUGAAACUUAUUCUAGCAGAUUUUAUUCAUGAUAACAGUCAUAUUGACUGCUUUCCAUCGUGGUUGGAGACAGUCACGAAAGUUUGUGGAAGCUCUGUCCAGAUUCUGAGAAUUAUACCUAGAGGAGUAAGAUGUCUAAUUUUCUGGGUAACUUAGUGAGUCUAGGAAGAGCAUUAUUUAAUUUCUAAAGCUUUGUAUCAUUUAUUCUCAUAUUGAUAAUUGUUUGCUUUCCUACGGUUUAACUACUAAUCAAGCAUUAAAUGUAGUUGUCUACUUUAAUUUUGAUUGUAUGUAUAUUUAUGAUAUUUGUAUUGAUAAAUGAUUAAAUUUAAUUACUCAUCGUGUAAGAUUACUCAUUCGCGUGUAACGGAGAUAACCAGUCCCAACUGUUGGAGAUGGCCAGUCUCGUUUAAGGAAUAACCAGUCCCACCUAAGAGAGACAACUAGUGUUAUCUAAGGGGAAUAACCAGUCUCAAUAAGGGACAUAACUAGUGUCACCUAAGGGAAAUAACCAGUAUUGUAUAAGGGAGAUCACUAGUCUCAUGUAAGGGAGAUAAUCAGUCUCGUGUAAGGGAGAUAAUCAGUCUCGUGUAAGGGAAAUAAUCUGUCUCGUGUAAGGGAGAUAAGCUGUCUUGUGUAAGGGAGAUAAUCUGUCUUGUGUAAGGGUGAUAAUCAUUCUCAUGUAAGGGAGAUAAUCAUUCUCAUGUAAGGGAGAUAAUCUGUCUUGUGUAAGGGAGAUAAUCUGUCUCGUGUAAGGGAGAUAAUCUGUCUCACUGUUCUGUAUGAUCCAGUGCUUUGUAUCUAUGUAUGAACAGAUGCCCAUGAAUGAUUCCAUAUCGAACGGCAAAAACAGUGCACUGUUGUAUCAGUGUAACUACAAUCAAUUAUUCUUUGUUUCUAACAAGGGUAUGUGGUCUAAAUUAUGAAAAAUUAUACUACAAUAGUUAUGUUUAUAGAAGAGUACCAAUCUGUCUCCUAAAACACUGUGUGGAUAUCUAUUCGGGUAACUAGAUCACCAUAUCGGUGAAAGUUUUCAGCAUUAAUACAGUUCAGCAGCAGCUUUUUUUCUGUAUUUCUGUAUCAUCACCACAUGGAUAAUCAUAUUUUAAAUUCAAUAUUAUCAUACUUGAGGAUUUUACAAGUACUUAAUGAAACAUAAUGCAUAAUGAUGUUUAUCUCUAACAAAUUUCAAUUCAACAUUUUAUAUAUCCGUCCAACCACUGGUGUAAAAUGUUCAUAAACAUUCUUUGUGUUCGUCAUAUUAACACAUGUGAAGAAAGGAAAUCUAGAGCUUGUGUAUUGUUUGAACGACCGUAAGAAAUAUGCUUCGAUUAACAAAAUGUUGAAAUAGUGAAUUGAAGAUUUUUUGAAAAAUUAAGCUGGAGUCUUGGUUUUAGUGCUGUAUCCAUUAGGAACAUGUACAUUUUUAACAUUGUGAAGUUUGAGAAUUCUUUGUCCAUUUUGUGUGUGGUACUAAUCAUGUACAGCUCAUACUUUCCCAGACAAUAUUAAAUGAGUGUUAGCAACACAAUAACUUGUAG